CACGUCUUUAUAAACCCUCUACUGAUAUAAUUAUAUAAUAAAUUAAAUGCCUUUUUAACAAAUUAGUGGGAAUUGUUCAGUGCCAAUUUAGCGACCUUCACGGACACCGGUAAUUAAGAGUGACGAUUGGAGAUAAGAUGUGUGCGCAAAACUGGUCUGUAGCAAAGAAUGCCGGUAAGGUGCUUAUUCCCUAUCUGACUUGUUACCCGUAUACCUGACCAUUCCCGAAUUAAAUACCGAACGAACAUUCAAGUAGUGCGGCGGUUGUAGUGCAAUGUAGGUGUAUUGUGCUCUUCCAAUGGAAAUUGGUGAAUGGUUCCUCGCUUGGAAAGACUGAAGUACCUAAUAACGCUGGUGUGAUUUGUGGAGGAGCUUAUUAUGGGACGAGGAGAUAAGAAGUGUAGCAGUCAACGUUCAGAUAGCGGUUCGAGUAAUCUUGUCGGGAAAUUUACACAAAGCGUAAGACGAAUAGUCCAAGACGUUAAAGAUGAAGGAACGGCAAGUGGUUUAACGAAGGAGGAGGUAAUUGAAACGAAUGAACGUUUGAGAGCCGUCAGGAUACGUUUGGACGAGUCAUACGAUACGGCAAAAAAGGCUCUCGUUACUCUAAUGGGGAAAUAUAACGAUAGUAAAAGUGUGCAUAACAUUUUCCAAAGAUAUAACCUCUUGAAAGCGAUGAUAAAGGAGGUAAUCCGACUGGAAACUCAAUACUGGACUUUGGUAGACAUUCCGAAGCAGGAAAAGCAGGAAACCGUGCCGGCGUUUGUGCUUCGCGCCUGCACGAUUAUGGAGAAGGCGCAAAAGUCCGGCGAAGGCGUGAAAACGUCCGCAAAGCUCGCCGAGGAAGCUCAAGGGCGUCGCGAACGAAUAGAGCGUCUAGAAAAUAUGACUACGUCACAAAUCGAUACGGAAAAUACUCAAAUGACUAACGAUCUUUACCGACUUUUAAAGAAAUAUACUGGAUUAAGAAACCUCAUUCGAGAAUUGAAGUCAGACUAUAUGAACUCAAAGCUCUAUCCCAUUGUACCUCGUUACACCAUGUUAAAAGAUAUGAUCAAAGACAUCAUGCUUCAUCCCGACUACAUGGAGGUUUGCCAUGAGGUGGAUGCAUAGCCCAGGUCGUUCUCUUAGGAUUAGUUUAACAAUUUUGUUUCGUUUCACGUAGUGAAAUGUAUAGAGAAAUUUAUUUAUUUGGAAAUUAAGGAAUGCACUAAUUUCCAAAUUGUUGUUAACGUAAAAAGGGACAAAUACAGACUGCAAUUUUGUGCCAAGUAAGGGUGUUGUUAUAAUAAACAAUAAUAAUAAUCUGAGAUGUGUCAGAUUAUUUUUAGUAGAUUAAUAACAAACACAUUCACUGCCGUCUUUUAAACUUCAUUUAACGUAGCGACGGUCAAAAGUGCACGAAAUUUUCUAUCUACGUAAUACAAUUUUAAAUAUACGAGGGUACUACCAGGGACAAAUUGUUCAACAUACACAUGGCUCGAGCGGAAAACUGUGGAGUUACUGUGUUUUACGGCCUAUUCUGUUUAAUCAGUCAUCUCUGUACGAAAAUUACUUUUUGAUUCAAACGAAUGUUCAUAAAUCGUAAUAUCAAUGUUAGGUGAAAGGAUCUAUGGAAUACAUUUAUUUUUAACGUUAUUAUGGACUAUAAAAGUCUGUAAUUUGACAUAAAUACUUGCCCUCUAACAACUCCUCUGAAUUAUAAGAACCCCAUCGAAAAUUUUAAAUUAAGAUUUGAAGCUAACAAUGUCACAUUUACUAUUUAGUAUAUUUUCAUUUUUAACAUUUAAUUUAAAACUUACACUAAAUAGUAAACUCCUUCUACAUCAAUUUUGUUAUGGAUUCCUUUUUUCAGUUACGAUUCCACCAAAUACAAAAAGCUGCAUAUUGCAAAACAAUGAAUUAAAAUUCUCUUCAAAUAAGGUACGACACGAACCUCAUUUUAAUUCAAAAUUUGUGGAGAGGGUGCUUACAAAUCAAAAAGAGUGUUUGAGGGAGGUAUUCUUUUUAUAAUAUAAACGGUGAAAUUAUGAAUAAAAACCUACCUGUUUCAGGUUUAUUCCAAUAAUGCAUAGUACGGGUAAAAAAUGAUUUAUUAUAGUAUAGUUAUGAUGCUCAUGUUCAUAACUUAAUAUUAUAGUUUAUCUGAUAGUAUUUCAUCACUCUACUCAAUAACUAAAAUACCAGUGGAUUAAACGCAAGUGAUGGCCACGAAAUUCUGCCAUCAUCAAUAAUAAUUAACAUAUUCUAUAUACUGGCUGCCCAUUAUAUAUGGAAUAUAGUAUAUAUCUCGGUAAAUAUCGAAUGUAUACAUUUUUAUUUCAGAAAACAAAUGAGUAAUGAAAAACAAUUGAUUUUUUUAAAUGGCAGUGCGCCUUUUCAUUAAGCUCAUUUAAUAGAGAUUUUUUUCUCUUUUCGUAGGUGUAACAACAAAAACU